GAAAUAGCACAGGCACUUCCCUUUUUACUGAGACUUUUGGAGACUUUGAAACAUGCAGCACAGCCCCUAGAAAGCCAGCAGCUGGAUUCGUUAGGUUGCACAGGCUGCCCUGCUGCACCAUCCUGCACCAUCAGAGCAGGCAAGGAGAUGGCUUGUCAACUGCGCCCUGCUGACUUCGUUUGGGAUGAGACCUCAGGUGCACAUGAGACUGGCAGAUUGCCCCAGUGGCUGUUCUAAAAGAAAAGUGCUCUCGCUCUGAAGUGGCCGUGAGAGAGGAGGGUGCAGCGGUGCAGUGCAGGGGGUGCGUGUGAAGUCUGAUCUGCUCCCAGGGACACCUGUCAUAGUGUGGCGAGCCAGAACGGACACACAUGCUCCUGCAUGUUGCCCCAGGGCUGCGGACUCACAGCCUCACCAUGCAGGACGGCGCGGGACCGAUCACCUGUGACGGUGAGACACAGGACGCAAGGCCAUGCAAGUGCUGAGUGAGAAGCUGCCACCUGCUCACCCUACUGGUCAAGAAGUGCUGAGACAGACACGUCUGCUCCCUGCCCAUUCAUGGAGAACACAGAGGUGGAGUCGGACAUUCUGCGCAGCGUGCGUGCCCUCCUUCGAGAACUCGAUGGACACCAUCAUGCCUUCCAGGGUGAGCGAGGGAUGUUGCGCUGGACCUUGCAUAAGAAAAUUGAUCGGAAUCCCCUGAACAGCGCCAUCUUGGUUAAAAUCCUGGUGAAAGAGCUGGAAAGGGCAGAAAAAGGAGAUUAUAGACAUUACAUCAUCCCCCUGCUUCAUACAUUAAUGUACACGCUAAUAAAGGCUCCCUGCAUUUCAGACGAUCUCUAUGAAAGAGUGUAUGACUUCUGUAAAAAGCUACUAACCCUGCCGAAGCCUUACUGUACCAUUGGCUUGGACUACGCGUUCAGGUUAAAAAUAGAAAGAGUGAUACCAGGGGUGUUAUACCAAAGAAUGAUUAUUUCUGAACAAAGUCUGAAGAGCGACCCAUAUCCUUAUCAAGAAAGAGUUUUCAUAUUUGCAGAUGCAGAUGUGCUCUCCAAGGCUGUAUGCAAUUCACUAGUCACUGAAGCCAAAGCUGCUCAGAUGUAUCAGAAUCCCAGAUCAUGCAUGUGCUAUGUGAUAACACGUGCUGUGCAGGCGGCUCUGGGUGAGGACUGUGAUGUUGAAAGUUUCCAGAGGAUUCUUCAGAAUAAGCCCACAGCUGAGCUAGAGCACUGUUUCCGGCAAGUGGCGGCAGCCGUCGAGUGUACAGGAAGUGAGAUGAAUGCAGACCGUGGCCGGCACGCUGAGAGGCUGCAGAAAAUCUACAGCAUGGUGCUGAACUCCUCAGCAGGAGGAGGCAGUUCACCAGGAGGGCUCCACGGCACCCCACUGCCCAACCCGAAUAUCAGCUUCCACUUGUGGACUGAUGAAGACCAGCUUUGGAAGGAGCUGGUGCUGUUCGUCCGCCCGCUGUCACGGACUUGCGAGCCGGACUGCCUGAGCCAGGAACUGGACAACUUUGAGAUCCAGGACAUCGUGUCUGACUGCGACUGCUGCGAGCAGGCCCGCUUCUCCGUGCUCUCCACCGACAGCGGCAUUGAACGGGACCUGCCUGCGGUAGGCGAGGAGCUGCUGCCGCCCAGCAGCACUGACGUGGAGCAUGCCAGGCUCCAGAGGAAGGGCGGCAUUAAGAAAAAGGCAUGCCUUUUGGAGAGCAUGGCCUUGCUGCAGAACAGCUGCAAUGGCCCAGGGGCAAAGCAAUCUGGGAAGCUGCACAGGAAAUCUGACAGCAGCAUGGUGUCCAUGCCUCACCUCCACAGACUGUACACUGCCCGGAUUGUGGUUCUGGGGGAUGACAGGGUCUUGGGGCGACUGGCCCAAGCCUAUUACUCACUGAGGAAACGAGAAACCAGACGUGUUUUCCUGACGCCAAGGCUAAACCUGCAGUUCUAUUAUGUCCCUGUUAUGGAGGGGCAGCCAGACACCUGGCCCACUCAGGAUCAUACUACGCCUGGCCAGAUGGAGCUCUGCGAGUUGGCUGUGUAUCUGGGCAAAGCUGACCCUUGGUAUGAGAGCAACAUCAACGCACUGUGUCACAUGAUCCCCAAGCUGGCCACCAUGCCCUCCUCCCUGGGCACGCACCCCAUGUCCGACCCGUUCAUUAUUGAUGUGAUCGCUUACUACGUGCGCCUGGGCAUCCAGCCGGUCUAUUUCCAGAUCUACGCUGUUAAGAUUUUCUUCAGCAACGAGGCUCAGGAGCCAGCAGAGGACGUGUUCCUCACCGAGCUGAGUGCCAAGGUGCAAGAUUGCAAAGCUCCCAAAGACCAUAUGCAGACAAAGAAGAAAACAACGCUGGAAGUCCCCGGGGCAGAUCUCGCAGUAAUGUAUAGCAAGGUUUUAAUGAGUAAUCGGAAGAAAGAGGUAGAAGUCUUGCUGCGAUCUACUGGCCUGGUGAUGAAAGCCAUUCCCUCCAGUGAAACAGAAGAUCUGGCGUGCUUGAAUGUAAAUAUUGCUGAAGUCGUCAAAACCUCCAACCUGUCGGGAAGAUCAUUUUCUUCAGCAACAAACAAGAUCAGAACACGUCAUAUCAAAAUCCAGAGCAUGGAACAAAGGACCUUCAACCUGUGCCUGGACAAGGACUUCAGAAGGACCUACACGAACGUGGUCGGUGUGGAAGUUUCUCCUUGCCUGGAACCCAGCUAUUGCUUGCAAAAGACAAGGACAAUGAAAUUCAGACUGCAUGAGCCGGAGGAUGUGGGACUGGCCAAAUACAUGCCCAAAUCUUUGCUGUUGCCCAUCAACACAUUUGCAGGCAUCAUCCAGUGAAGAAGAUAAGAAAAAAAUGACAUGAGAGGCAUUUGUAAGAAUCCCUGGUUGGCUCACAAUAGAACGAGGACCGAAGAACACACUAAAAGCCACCUACAGUGA